AUGAUUUCCCCCUGCGACCCUGCCAUCUUAAUCAAUAACCCCCAAUUCAAAGCCCUACACCAACAACUAACAACAACGAUAUUGAAUCCCGAUGGCUCCACGCGAGCACAUGCGGCGGAUCCGUCGCGGAGAGCGGUGCAGGCUGAUCUUAAGAAAUAUUUGAUCAGAGCUGUGAAGGCAAGAAUUCUGCGGAGGGUUGUUGCGCGGGUUGCUGUGGAGGAGUCGAAAGAGGGCUUGGAUGAUGAGCUCCGAAACCUUGUCUCCGUCAUCGUGCUCUACAUCCAACAUACCUCCAGCUUCAAAAACAGUACCAACAACGAUGAACUCCACUCUCUCUUCUCCCCCGACCUGAAGCGCUUCCACUCCGCCAUCCCCUCCCUCAUCCCCUCCAUCUCCACCCUUCUCUCCGCAGACCUAUCCCACCUCAAAUCCCUCGCAAGGACAAUCUCCACCUCCACCUCCAACUCCGGCAACCACAACAGCAACAGCAGUGACAGACAACCCUCCCACCAACCAACCAACCAACCACGCCCGCACAAUCGCCUUCGUCCACUCUCCCUCAAACCUUCGCCAGCAGACAUCUCCCUCCCAUCUCAACUAUCCAACCGUCUCCGCACCCUGCGCACCAUCCAAUCGCACGAUCUCCCGACAGCCCGGACAAAAAUGACAGUCACGGCUGCGGCGGUGCUGGCUGCGCACGCCCAGGUGAUGGAGCGGAUGAUACAUAUUCUUGAGCGGACGAAACAUGGCGCGUUGGCGCGGGGUGGGAAGGCAAGGGCUGAGCAUGUGGCGGUGGUGUUGCAGGGGAUUGAGGGGAAGCGAUCUACACGCCGGAAACCACGGCUGCAUUGGCGCGUUAUCGCGAUCAUCUGGAUGACACGCGUUUACGGACUGGAGGAGAGGAGGAAGCAGGCUGUGCUGAAGCUGGAGGCCUAUGAGCGGGCCGAUUCUGGUGAGGGUGCUGGUACAGAUGGCGACGGUGGUUUAGAAAAGCCAGGGGCUAUGGUGGAGAUUGCAAGGAGGUAUGGAGCUUUGGUUAAGGAGGUUGAUGGUGUGAGGAUGGAGAUUAGAAGAUUGGGGGGUUGA